AUGGCUAAGUGCCAUAUACAAUUUAUAAAGUUAGCCAAAACAUCUAUAAUACUUAACUUUGAUUAAAAGUCUUAUAUUUUUAAUAUACCAGAAGGUUUUCAAAGAUAUAUUUCUGAUUUUAGCAUAAAGACUAAAGCUGCAUCAUAGAUAUUUUUUACUAAUUUAAAUGCUUCCUACAUAAAUGGUUUAAUAGGACUAUUACUUACACUUAAUUUUGAUAAAUAAAUUGAUGGUACUAAGGUUUAUGGACCUCCUGGAUUAAGUUAAUUGAUUUCAGCUUUUAGAUAUAGUGAAAUUGGAGGAAAAAACAUAAUAAGUUUAUCUUGCCAUGAAUUUUGGGGAAAGAAUCUUAUAUACCAAAAAAUUGAUGAAUAAUUCAAAAAUAUUUUAGAAGGGAAUAUUUAUCCAGUUUUAAAUGGACUCAAACUUGUUAAAUAUGAUGAAAAAGAAUCUUUGAAAUAGUUUACAGAUGAAAAUGUGGAAAUUUUACCAAUAUUACACAAAAAUAAUAAUAUUUCGUAUAUAAUAAAAACCAGAAAGAUUAGAGGUAAUGUUUCUAUAGAUAAGCUUAAACUUUUAAAAUUAUCUAAUAUUUAAAAGAAAGAAUUAUUUCAAAAUCAUUAAAUAUAAUUAGGAGAUUAAAUUUAUUCAGAGGCUUAUUUUAGAGAACCUGAUUUGGAAGAAUAAGGAAUCUUAAUAUUAGAUAUAGUUGAGGAUUCAGAUUUAACACAAAUCAUUUUUCCAUAUAAUUUAAGAUGCAUUUUACAUAUAAAUGAUCCUAAAACAGAAAACUAUAUAAAUUUUCUAAAUAACAUUAAUGUAGAUCAUAUUUUAUGCAAUUAAGAAGUAAAGAAUGAAUACUCUGAUAGCAUUCCAAAGACAAAGAUGAUUUGUAAUUAUUUAAAUUCUAAAUAUCCUUUCAACUUCCCAAAUUAUCAUAAUAAUCAUUCAAUCGAGAAUAAGAAAUAAAUUUAAUUAUAAACAAAUUAUCAUUAUAUCUUAAUUCCUCAAAAUAAGAAAGGAUACCAGAUGAUGAAUCCCUCGAUGAUUGGUUAAACUUCUUAAAUAAAAGAAAUCAAUUUUUAGUAAUCUCCUAUAAGAAAUUAUUAAUCUAAGAUUCUACUAUAAUUUUUAGGAACAGCCUCUAUGCGGCCAAAUAAAUAUAGAAAUGUUUCUGGAAUUAUAGUUAAACAAUUAAAUUCAGCAAUUUUAUUAGAUUGUGGUGAAGGAACUUAUCAUUAACUAUAAGUUUAAAAUAAUUUUGAUUUUACAUAAAAAAUUCUUAUUUGGAUUAGUCAUGUGCAUUGCGAUCACAAUUUAGGGAUAGCUUCAUUAUUAUAAAACUGUAACAAUGUUUAUCUUUUAGUCCCCUAAAUUAUGAUUCCUUGGCUUGUUUAAAUAAUAGAAUUUUAUUAAAUUAAAAAUUAAAUCCAUAUUUGUUAUAUUCCCUAUCAAAAUUAUAACUUAGAAUAAGAGUUUAUAAAUUAGAAUGCAAAAUUAUAGAAAUUUAAUGAAAUAAAUUUAGAAUAACUCCAAGACCUGUUUGAUAUUUAAUUAAAAUAUGUUAAUGUUGAUCAUUGUCCAUAGGCUUAUGGUUUAAGAAUAAACUUCAAAGAUGGAAGUAGCAUAAGUUAUUCUGGGGAUACCAGACCUUGCUAAUAAUUUAUUUAAUUAUCAUAAAAUGUUGAUUUAAUGAUUCAUGAAGCCACUUUUACAGAUAAUCUUUAAUAAAAUGCCAUAAAUAGAAAGCAUUCAACUAUUAGAGAAGCUGUUGAAUCAGCUAUUUUAGCCAAUGCUAAAACAUUAAUUUUAACACACUUUUCUUAAAGAUACUGUAAAUAAGGAUUUUGUUAAUAGAUAAAUUAGAAUAUAAAUGAAAUCUAAUAAACAAUUAAUAAUGAGACUUAUGAAUAGUAUUUGAAUCAAAAAACAGUUAUAGCAUUAGAUUAUUUAAGCGGUCUUUUAGAUGAAUAUCCAAAUAUGGUAGAAUUAAGUUAAUAAUUAUAAAAUUUGAUUGAAUAAUGA